GUUCAGUUUCAGUGUAGCCACCGUUCGGAGAGCACGCGAUCCGAUCCCCGCACCAAAUUCUCAUCUCCGUAUCCCCAAGAUGUCCCUAGUGCGAUUGAUCGGAGCAGAGGCCCGCCAACUGGCAAAGAGGUCCUACUCCUCAGCCGCUCCCACCACCAAGCUCUUCAUCGACGGCAAGUUCGUUGAGUCGAAGACGAACGAAUGGAUUGAUGUGCACGAUCCAGCCACCAAUCAAGUGGUCACCCGCGUGCCCAAGGCCACACAGGCGGAGAUGCAGGCGGCCCUUGAGUCGAACAAGAAGGCUUUCCGCUCGUGGAGCAACCAGUCGGUCCUCACCCGCCAGCAGGUGAUGUUCAAGCUACAGGCUCUCAUCAAGGAGAACAUGGGCGAGCUGGCCAAGAACAUUACCAAGGAGCAGGGCAAAACCUUGGCCGACGCAGAGGGCGACGUGCUCCGCGGCCUUCAGGUGGUGGAACAUUGCUGCAGCAUCCCAUCUCUGCAGAUGGGCGAAACAGUAGCCAACGUGGCCAGGGACAUGGAUACGUACUCACUGGUGCUGCCCCUCGGAGUAACCGCUGGAGUUGCGCCGUUCAAUUUCCCGGCCAUGAUACCGCUGUGGAUGUUCCCGGUGGCCAUCACCACCGGUAACACUAUGCUGCUGAAGCCAUCGGAACGUGUGCCUGGUGCAACCAUGUUGCUGAUGGAGCUUCUUAACGAAGCUGGCUGUCCGCCGGGUGUCGUCAACGUAAUCCAUGGCCAACAUGACGCUGUGAACUUCAUCUGCGAUGCUCCCGAAAUUAAGGCAGUGUCCUUUGUGGGCUCAGACCAGGCAGGCAAGUACAUUUACGAGCGGGCUGGCAAGAAUGGCAAGCGGGUGCAAUCCAAUAUGGGCGCUAAGAACCACGGCAUCAUCUUGGGCGAUGCCAACAAGGAGAAUACUUUGAACCAGUUGGCAGGUGCCGCCUUUGGAGCUGCUGGUCAGCGUUGCAUGGCCUUGUCCACGGCUGUCUUUGUCGGCGACGCCCAGGCAUGGAUUCCCGAUCUGGUGGAGCGUGCCCAGAAGCUGAAGGUAAAUGCCGGCCAUGUGCCUGGAACUGACGUGGGACCCGUGAUCAGUGCCGCCUCACGCCAACGCAUUAAUGACCUGAUUGAGUCUGGGGUCAAAGAGGGAGCUAAGCUCAUCCUGGACGGCAGGAAGAUAACCGUGCCCGGCUACGAGGAUGGAUACUUUGUGGGACCAACCAUCCUAAGCGAUGUUACGCCCAGCAUGAAGUGCUACACUGAGGAGAUCUUUGGCCCUGUGCUGGUCAUCCUGAAGGCUGACACCUUGGACGAUGCCAUUGGCAUUGUAAAUGCCAAUCCUUAUGGAAAUGGUACCGCCGUCUUCACUACCAAUGGAGCGGCAGCCCGCAAGUUUGUCAACGAAAUCGAUGCCGGUCAGGUUGGCGUGAACGUGCCAAUUCCCGUGCCCCUGCCCAUGUUCUCCUUUACCGGGACUCGUGGCUCUUUCCGCGGCGACCAUCACUUCUAUGGCAAACAGGGUAUCAAAUUCUACACCCAGACGAAGACGGUAACUCAGUUGUGGCGCGAAACGGAUGUGACCCACACCCAAGCGGCUGUGGCCAUGCCCACAAUGAAAUAGGCAGAACGUGAAAAGAUUCUGGAGAAGAUUCAGAUGAAAUGUUCCACGUAUUGAAUUUCUGGAUGCUUGCACACAGGACGUAUUUAGAAGUUAGAUACAAAGAAAUUAUUGCAUUUAUUUUUGUGCCUGUUUAUUAGAUUUAAGACGAUUAGAUUCAAGUGUAGCUUGAAAAUAAUGAUUGUAAAUGAUAAAAAUAAAACGAUUAUUAUGUAAA